AUGGCUGAGGUAGCGUCAACGAAUGGGCACAUCCCCGAAAAUGUCAAAGUCGAUUCAGCCACCAACAGCGCGAACGGAACUCCAGUGAAACCAAAUCAUGCUGGAGCGCCAAAACGACGACCCAAGAAGAAAGGUCCCAACUACGGCGAGAUACACAAAUAUCCGCUACCUCUCACGACACACCCACUGCCAGCUUUCCACCCAACGAAUCCGAUAUCCUUGCUCCGUCUGGCAUAUACCUACAUCUCUCAACUGAUUGGGCCGCCCGCUUCUCAUCCGGCUGUUCGCUACAUUGGAUGCUACUCUCAAGAAACGAGGUCAAUCCAUGUCACGGAUCCACAGCAUGUGCGCGCUUUGUGGGAGAUGGGAUUCUUCGGCAAAGGUACUCUUAGUAGAAGUGAGCCUAGCUGGCUAGAACGUGAGAAAGCUAGAGUGAGGCUGAAGCAUGGGGGCGGCACUGCUGAGGAAGCUACGAAUGCUCGGCGUGAGCGGAGAAGACUCUUCAAACUGGAGCGGGCGAGAGCAGAGGCGGAAAAAAUCGAGCGACAGCGUCUGGUUGAAGAGGGUAAACUGGAUCCUCCAGAGGUCGAAACAACGGCACUGGAUACGACGACUACUACUCCUGUGCUGGUGGAGGCACAAACAAAUCAGCCCACGGCGAUCAACAUCCAAGAACUUGAUAGACCCGACAGCGCUUCCAUAAGCGACGAGGACGAAGAGCUCGAGAUAAAUGCAAUCGAGAACCAGGAGCACCUGCAACUAACGAUGGAGGAAGCGUUCUUCCUCUCUUACGGUCUUGGCGUGCUGGACAUUCGAUGGGAACGGGAAGGCAACCCUUCUGCACAGGAUAUGCCCCAGCUCUUACGUGCGUUCAUCGCGCACGGCCACUUUCCACAACGCGAAGUGUCCUCAUCAUUCCAACCUGACGACACGUUUCUCUUGAAGUACGUUGUCUAUCAUCACUUUCGCUCUCUUGGAUGGGUCGUGAGACCUGGCGUCAAAUUUUCCGUGGACUACCUUCUCUACUUCCGAGGACCCGUUUUCUCACAUGCUGAGUUUGCGGUGAUGAUCGUGCCAUCGUACACGCAUCCUUACUGGAGCACUGCGGAAGGAUCAGAGCGACGGCGGAUCAAGGAGCCAGACCAGAAAGACUGGUGGUGGUUGCACUGUGUGAACAGAGUACAGAGUCAAGUGCUGAAGACUUUGGUACUCGUAUAUGUCGAUGUUCCACCUCCUGUGGAGCAGCGGGACGAGGACAUUGGAGGUCUUCUUCGUGGUUACAAGGUUCGGGAGUUCGUGAUCAGGAGAUGGAUAGCGAACCGCAGCAGAGACUGA